AUGGAAAGCCAAGAGUUUAUUGUGCUUUAUACUCAUCAGAAGAUGAAGAAGUCUAAAGUGUGGCAAGAUGGAAUUCUGAAGAUCACCCACUUAGGAAACAAAGCAAUUUUGUAUGAUGACAAAGGAGAUUGCCUGGAGAGCAUAUUUCUUAAGCACCUAGAGGUGAAACCUGGAGAUGACUUAGAAAGUGAUCGAUACUUAAUCACAGUUGAGGAGGUUAAAGUAGCUGGAAGCAUAGCUCUGAAGAAGGAUGUCAUUAAAGAAUCAUCGGUGUUCAAUUCAAGGUUAAUCUCGUCUGGCCGGUCCCUUGGAUGUCAGCCUGCUGGUUUAAAAAGGAAGUUUCUUGGCUUUCAAGGGCCACGUCAAGUGUCAAAGAAAAUGACUACUACAGAAAAUUGUCAACUUGCUGCACCACUUGAGGUUAAGAAACUUGAUCCAACUUUUCUUCCUCCAUUGUACAGCACAUCUCCUUUGUUUUCUGCUGCUUGCAAGAAAGAUGUAGAAAAUGUCCCAACAGACCCAGAGAAUAUUAUCAUUUACAAGAACAGAGAGAAAAGUGACAUGCCUUCUUCACUUGCCUCUACUUCAUCUUUCAAGAUUAACCCAGAAGUGCUAUGUGGAGAAAAUGACUUUUGCUCUUCUAUCAGCUCUGUCAGUAAUCACUCAGACUCUUUACUGACCAGUAAGUCCAUGAAAAGAAAUAAUUUGACAUCUCACUGUUUAGGAAUUUCUCAGAACAUCAGGAGCAAAGCACAGAUAUUAGCUCUUCUGAAGUCCAAAUCAAUCAGUACAGGUAAAGAACUAAAUUCUGAGAUUACAGAACAUUUCUCACAGAUGCAUCCACAAGAAAAUAUAAAACUUCCUAGUAAACAAAAGUGCUUAACUGAACAAGAAAGGUGUGCUGAGGUAAAGAGUACAGAAACUGUUUGCUACCAGCAUCGACCAGAAAAUACCAUGAGAAAUAAAAGCCGAUGGGCCAUGUAUCUAUCUUCACAGAGUUCACCUAUACUUUCUUCUGAUAUUGAUGGAAAUGAUAUAGAAAGGAAACCCGAGGCCCAAGGAGAUGAUAGAAACUCAAAUAUGAAAGACCUUUUGGUACAAACAAAAGCACAGUUCUGUGAAACAUAUGCUGAAAUGGGGGAAAAGUACAGUGAAGACAAGCAAGUAGAUAAUCCAGCUUCUUGGGAUUCAGAAAUAAAUUUUGAAAUUCCUUCCUCAUCUGGAAGCAUCUGUUUACCGGUUACUUAUAGCAAUGCAGAAAAUGAUGGCUUAUUAUCAGUACCUGAUGUUCAAGGAGACAGUAAAAUAUCUUUAAAUCACAAUGACCAAGUUUGCAUAAAAGGACCAGUUCCCAUUAGAGAAAAUGCUCUGGAGGUAAAUAUCUGUGGAAGACCUCCAAAAGAGUAUAAGCAACCAGUGUCUUUGCCAGAAGGGAAGCAUCUGCAAACUGAAUUUUCUCCAAGUAAUAGUUUUAGCAUCUCUGGUGAGAGUAUAGACAUAUCUUCUAAAAGUAGUGCUAAUAAUGAAGGAAUUAAUAGUAUUAAUGAACCCAUGACUACUGUGACACAGCCAUUUUUAGAAAUAACUUUUAAUCUAAGCAAUUUUGAGAUGAGUGACACUGAAGAGGAAUCACAGAAAAGCAGCAAAAUUUCCCAGGAUUCAGAGUAUAAGGAAAUUUUGGUUAAUAAUGGCAACUCAUGUGUUCAAAAGAGAUGUGAGGAUAUAAGCUAUACAGAAAUUGGUAGUGAACAUUUGCCUCUCUUAAUGUCUACUGGUGGCAGACCUAUAGAGUCGUUACCUUUGACAGAGACUCAGUCAUCACUGCUUAGUACUGGAACAUCUGUGGAUUUUGACAUGGGACCUUGUAAAGCUGAAAACACUGGAACAGAACUAGAGGAGGAGUAUAAUGACACAUUAAAUGAUUUUGACUCAUCUUUAGAGUGGACUGAUAAGAUAUGUGUAGAUAGUAAUGAGGAUUCUAAUAAAUAUAUUCAAAAACUUAAAACUAAUUAUGAUUUUGCUUCACUCCCCAAUAAAUCUAAAGGCAUAAAAACUAAUUUACCUAUUCAUCCAUCUUUAAGCAGGGUCCCUAAUCAGACUCCUGAAAACAAUAGCCUGUUUUCAGAAGACACUCAGCCUCAUCCUUUUAUUUUGGAAAGUGACUUGAGCAAAAACGAUGAACAGGUUUUCUCAUCAACCUCGAGCAAUGACAACAGUGUUCAUCCAUUAAACACCAAUCAGAAUCAUUCUGAAUUUGUUGCACUUGGUGAAUCGAGUACACAAGUUUCCAGUUCUUCAUUUUAUCCUUUGGGAAGGAAACUUUCUAAAGAAUCAGAAGUACAUAAUCCUGAAUCUGAAGAUUUGGGAGAGAUUGGAAGUUUACCCCAAGAACACAUUGAAAUAGAAACUUCUGCAGAUUGCAGACAAUAUUGGAAAAAUACUGGAAAUUCUUCAGGACUUUCUCGAUUAGUAAAUAACAUUUCCCUUAUAAGAUCUCUGUCUGAACACAGUACAGCAUUAGAAAGCUUGGAGAUACUGAAAAAGAAAAAUAAACCUUCUAAACCAAAAGAAAUGCAGCAGACCUAUGCACCAGAGAGCAGUCCUGAAGCUUGGAAACCACUUACUACAGUAGUGUCACAAGCUAAACGAAACUUUCAUCAACUGAACCAGGAUUUUCCUCAACAGUUCAUUACUUCGGGAAAUGAAGAAAAGAGUGCUUCUCUAGCUGCUAUUCCUAAACAGAUAGAGACAUGUGACUCAAAGCUUGUUGAGUUUCAAGGGCACCAAGUAAAAGGAUCAGCUACUAGUGCUGUGAUGUUCAGAGGACACAGCUCACAGCUAGGAUGCAGUUUGUUUCCAGAUAGAAUUGAGCGUGGAAACUUUAUGACAGACUCUUGUUUUCCAACAUCAGAGUUGCCUAGCACUUGCAUGCAGACUGACUUCUUACAGGUGACAUCCUCAGGACAUAAGUUCUCUGCACCGAGUCCUACUUUUUCUUUGACUUCAAGAGGUGAAGACUUCAUGAUAGAAUUCUCCAAGGACUCCCUGAAAACAAGAACUUUACCUGGUGAUCUUCACUUUUUCAACUUGUAGGAUACAUUCUGUUUCCUUUCAGGGAUGAAUAAACCCAGUUCUCUAAAGAAGAAGAACCUUCAAAGGCUUCCAUUAGUAAGUAGAACCCAAGCUCCACUUAGUACUUUGUCACCUGGUGAUCGGCCAUCUGACUUGGAUUCUUGCUCGUUUGUGAUUGACUGUGACACACAAGAGUCCUCUGGUUCUCCUAUAUUCGACUUGUGUGAUGAGCCAUCACUUCUGUCUUUUAGCUGUGAGUCUGAGGACCAAAGUAAAACUUUUUUCUUUGAAGAAUCUGGGGAAGAGACCCCAGAGAGUCUUACAUUUCUCAAUAAUAUUUCUACCCAAAGCAAGUGGCUGAAAUAUCAGAACACACCCCAGUGCGACUUGACUCCUCCAAACAAAGUUGAUGAAGUGGGAGAGAGCUACUUUGCUGAGGCUGCUUCUGGGAUGCAUUUUAGAGACACAGGUGAAAGGCAGAGUGGAGCUAUGAAUGAAAGCUCUUUAAGCUCUGUACAUUUGCAAAUGAUAAAAGGCAUGCUCUAUCAACAGCAGCAGGAUUUUAGCAGUCAAGAUUUGAUUUCCAGAAAGAGUGCAUUUUCUCUGAACUUAGAGCAGAGUUCCAAGACUGAAGAAAUGCAGAAUGUGUUAGGAGAGUAUGUCUGCUACAACUACAGUCUAACAGGAGACACACAGGAGAUAAAUGCCUCUGAGCUAUCAUUCCCAAGUGGACAGAGAAUAAAAUCUGAUUAUCUUCCCCAAAGGCAAAUUCACAUACCAGCUGUUUUUCAGUCACCUGCUCAUUAUAAGCAGAUAUUUACAUCUUGCCUCAUAGAACACCUAAAUAUAUUGUUGUUUGUGUUGUCACAAAGACUGUACAAAGCUCUUUCAAAAGUUGAUAUGUCAUUUUACACAUCUUCCAAAGAAGAGAAACAAAAAAAUGUAGAAAAUAAUGUACCAUACUGCCAUCAUCGUCAACCUGCAAAACUUGUCAUGGUUAAGAAAGAAGGCCCAAAUAAGGGUCGUCUCUUUUAUACAUGUGAUGGACCCAAAACGGACCAAUGUAAAUUUUUUAAGUGGCUUGAAGAAGUGUCUUCAGGAAUAACACAGGCAGAAUCUCGACCCAGUAUGGUUCUACGUGAUAUAAAGAGCAUUGGUUUGUAUUUAAGAAGUCAAAAGAUACCAGUCUAUGAGGAAUGUCAGCUUUUGGUGAGAAAAGGAUAUGAUUUCCAGGGAAAACAAUAUGGCAAGCUAAGGAAGUUUACUACUAUAAAUCCAGAAUUUCAUAAUGAGCCUAAGAGCAAAUUGUAUCUUAAGCUGAGUAGGAAGGAAAGUGCUUCCGCUUACAGCAAAAAUGAUCUUUGGGUGGUUUCAAAAACCCUAGACUUUGAACUAGAUACUUUUAUCGCAUGCAGUGCUUUCUUUGGCCCAUCAUCUAUCAAUGAGGUUGAGCUACUGCCUUUGAAAGGUUAUUUCCCUUCUAAUUGGCCCACUAACAUAGUGGUCCAUGCACUAUUGGUUUGUAAUGCUAGCACAGAGCUGACCACUUUGAAAAACAUUCAGAACUACUUUAAUCCAUCUACUCUACCCCUAACACAGCACCUGUUAACAAUGUCUUCACCAACUACAGUUAACAACAAGAGAGUCAAUAAAAAAAAAUUUAUCCCACCAGCUUUCACAAAUACCAAUACAAAAUUUGAACUAAGCCCAGAAAUAACAUUAGAAUUAGCUAGUGAGUUAAUUCAAGUACACAAGUUAAACAAAGACCAAGCUGCAGCUCUGAUUCGAAUUGCUCAAAUGAUGACAUCACACGAAAGUGGUGAAGAGGAGGAACUGCGAACCCAAGCCCUCCCUAUCACAAUCAUACAUGGUGUUUUUGGAGCAGGAAAGAGUUACUUGCUGGCAGUGGUGAUUUUGUUCUUUGUACAACUGUUUGAAAAGAGUGAAGCUCCUACAGUUGGAUAUGCGAGACCAUGGAAACUUCUGAUUUCAUCUUCCACUAAUGUAGCUGUUGACAGAGUACUUCUUGGGCUUCUCAGUCUUGGAUUUGAAAAGUUUGUCAGAGUUGGGAGUGUUAGGAAGAUUGCCAAGCCAAUUUUACCUUACAGCCUGUAUGCUGGCUCAGAAAGUGAGAGUGAGCAACUAAAAGAACUACAUGCACUAAUGAAGGAAGACCUGACUCCUGUGGAAAGAAUUUAUGUGAGAAAAAGUAUUGAGCAGCAUAAACUGGGAACGAACAGAACUCUGCUAAAGCAGGUCCGAGUCAUUGGAGUUACCUGUGCAGCCUGUCCAUUCCCAUGCCUGAAUGACCUUAAAUUUCCUGUAGUUGUGCUAGAUGAAUGCAGUCAAAUAACUGAACCGGCUUCUCUCCUUCCCAUUGCAAGGUUUGAAUGUGAAAAACUGAUUCUCGUUGGAGACCCCAGACAGCUACCUCCUACUAUUCAGGGUUCUGAUGCUGCUCACGGAAAUGGAUUAGAACAAACUCUCUUUGAUCGACUUUGCUUAAUGGGUCACAAACCAGUUCCACUGAGAAUACAAUAUCGAUGUCACCCUGCUAUCAGUGCUAUCGCAAAUGAUCUGUUCUAUGAAGGAAACCUCAGGAAUGGGGUUUCAGAAACAGAGAGGAGCCCUUUAUUGGAAUGGUUACCCACCCUGUGUUUCUAUAAUGUCAAAGGACUUGAACAGAUUGAAAGAGAUAACAGCUUUCAUAAUGUGGCAGAAGCUGCUUUUACACUCAAACUGAUUCAAUCACUGAUUGCAAGUGGAAUAGCAGGCUCUAUGAUUGGAGUGAUAACAUUAUACAAAUCCCAGAUGUACAAGCUUUGUCAUUUACUCAGUUCUGUGGACUUCGACCAUUGCAACAUUAAAGCUGUCCAAGUGUCCACAGUAGAUGCUUUUCAGGGAGCUGAAAAGGAGAUCAUUAUUCUGUCCUGUGUAAGGACAAGACAAGUAGGAUUCAUCGAUUCAGAGAAAAGAAUGAAUGUUGCAUUGACCAGAGGAAGGAGGCAUUUACUGAUUGUGGGAAAUUUAGCCUGUUUGAGGAAAAAUCGGCUGUGGGGUCGUGUGAUUCAACAUUGUGAAGGAAGAGAAGAUGGAUUACAACAUGCAAGCCAAUAUGAACCACAGCUAAACCAUCUCCUUAAAGAUUAUUUAGAAAAACAGAAGAAAAUGAAUGAAACAGAGAAACCACAAAGGCUUCCCAGUGGCCAAAUCAAGCAGUUGGAAGAUUUUGUUGGCUGGGGUAGAAGAGAGGAGGGGCAGAUCUGA